AUGAAAAACAGCGAAACGAUCGGUCUAACACCGGCACAACGGCUCCACUUCGACAUCUACGGUUUUGUGUUAUUGGAGAACGUCCUAAACGGCGAUGAAAUUGAGCGCAUGAAAGGCGCGCUCUACAGGAUGAAAGCCGACGAAGAUCUGGAUGCCAAAAGCGUCUAUGCUCGCGGGAGAAGCGAACACCAUAUACUUUUCGGCAAUCUCGUUGCGUAUGAUCCGGCACUCUUAGAAUACGCCGCACAUCCACAACUCGUGCCACUGGUUGAAGAGGUCGUGGGAGGCGCGGUACGCCUUGAAGAGUCCGAAGCAAUCAUUAAUAGACGUAAUCCGGAUACAGAACUGAGCGAACUUCACAAACGCCGCUAUAACCCGACGGGGUUUCAUCGUGGAACGCAACACGGUUGGGGCACCUAUAUGGAACAGAACAAGUUCCACUGCAUCUUUGUGAAGACGCUCGCCUACCUCACGGAUGUCGGUCCCGACGAUGGUGGAACGUGCGUCAUACCGGGGAGCCAUCGCCUAACAUGGGAUCACAAAGAAAUGAUUGAAGCGGCACUCUCUGAUGAUAAACUCAUUUACCAAGUCGAGGCAUCAGCCGGUUCCGUUCUUCUUUUUCCCGAAGCGUUGAUUCACAGCACGACUGCCAUCCGUAGCGACAAGGAGCGUGUCAUCCUCAUCUCCGGUUACACACCGCCGAUGGUGCGCGAAUGGCCCGGCAACGAAGUCAGUCCCGAAUUUGUUGAAACAUUGCCGGAAGACAUCCGUCCGCUUAUUUCAGGAAGCGACAGUUGGCACUGGAAACGGCGGUAUUAA